AGCAUCUACCACGAUGUCCACGGUUGGGCGCACGGGCCGAAGCAAUAGCAGCGUUGCUAAAAACGCGAACGCCACGAGGAAGGCGCAAGGGGAUGCCUCCUCCUACCGCGGACAUCGUACUCCCCUCGCCCGUCCCCAGCGCCUCCUCUUCGCCUCCUCCUCCUCCUCCUCCGCACCAUAAAUCCCCCUCUCCACCCUCCUACUUCCCUAUCCGCCUCCUCUCCGCUCCCAUGGCCGAAAACGAGGAGGAGGCGGCGGCGGCGGCGGAGGAGGAGCUCUCCCUACUCCCCAUCCAACCCCUCGAAUCCAAGCGCCGCGUUGCGAACGAAGACGAUGAUGGCGAGGAGCGCGCGUACGAGGCGAGGGAGAAAAUCGUGGUGGCGGUCGAUGGCGAGGGGGAAGGGGACGAGGACGCGGACGAAGAGGGAGGCGGCGGCGGGGGAUCUGUUCCGCCAUUUUCAUGGCGGAAGCUAUGGCUCUUCACGGGGCCGGGGUUCCUGAUGAGCAUCGCGUUCUUAGAUCCGGGGAAUUUGGAGGGGGAUCUGCAAGCGGGGGCGAUCGCGGGGUACUCGCUCCUGUGGCUGCUGCUGUGGGCGACGGCGAUGGGGCUCCUGAUCCAGAUGCUCUCGGCGAGGCUUGGCGUCGCCACGGGGCGGCACCUCGCGGAGCUCUGCCGCGAGGAGUACCCCACGUGGGCGCGCCUCGCGCUCUGGUUCAUGGCCGAGGUCGCCAUGAUCGGGGCCGAUAUCCAGGAGGUGAUCGGGAGCGCCAUCGCCAUUAAGAUCCUAAGCAGAGGGUUUCUCCCCCUCUGGGCUGGGGUCGUCAUCACCGCCAUGGACUGCUUCAUUUUUCUGUUUCUUGAGAACUAUGGAGUAAGGAAACUAGAAGCUGUAUUUGCCCUUCUCAUUGCAACAAUGGCCUUUUCCUUUGCUUGGAUGUUUGGUGAAAUCAAACCUAGUGGAAAAGAGCUUCUCAUGGGUAUUUUAAUUCCAAAAUUGGGCUCAAAAACCAUAAGGCAAGCCGUUGGUGUUGUCGGCUGUGUUAUUAUGCCCCACAAUGUCUUCCUACAUUCAGCUCUUGUACAGUCAAGAAAAGUCAAUCCAAAGAAAGAAACCCGUAUUCGUGAAGCCAUUAGAUAUUACUCAAUCGAGGCGACUGUAGCCUUGAUUGUCUCCUUCAUGAUUAAUCUAUUUGUGACAACAGUUUUUGCAAAAGGAUUUUAUGGUACUAAAGAAGCCGGGAGUAUAGGUCUUGAAAAUGCUGGACAGUAUCUGCAAAAGAAAUUUGGUGGGGGGCUGUUCCCUAUUCUUUACAUAUGGGGAGUUGGGUUAUUAGCUGCUGGGCAAAGUAGUACGAUAACGGGCACUUAUGCUGGACAAUUUAUAAUGGGCGGGUUCUUGAAUCUUCGAUUGAAGAAAUGGGUUAGGUCGUUGAUCACUAGAAGCUUUGCAAUUGUGCCGACUAUCAUUGUGGCUCUGUUCUUUGACAGAUCUGACUCUGCACUGGAUACUCUAAAUGAGUGGCUUAAUGUGCUCCAAUCAGUUCAGAUCCCAUUUGCCCUUGUUCCGCUGCUGACCUUGGUAUCAAAGGAGCAAGUUAUGGGAGUAUUUAAAAUUGGUACCAACACUCAAAUUGUAACCUGGAUGGUCGCUGCUUUAUUGAUAAUAAUUAAUGGCUACCUCUUGUUGGAUUUCUUCUCUUCUGAAAUACGUGGCCUGUUGCUUGGCUCUUUUGUCUCUGCAGCUAUAGCUAUUUAUGCCUCAUUUAUAAUUUAUCUCAUUCUCCGCGGCAGUGAGUUUUCAACUCGGCUUUUCUCAGAAAUCCGAAAGAGAUUCUUAUGAUUAGAAUUUAGAAGGAUAGUGACAUAGUGAACUCCUCUCUCCGUCACCGGAAUGUAGAGAGCAUAAGUUUGAAUUACCAUUAUUUUUGGGAUACAGGCGACAUUAUACAGCAAAGAUAUGAAAUAUCGAAGAGUAUGGCCUCUUGUAUUUCCAUCCAACAAGGACUCACAGAAUGCAGCAAUAGACUAAAUUACAGGACCCCCUUACAAUUAUCGAGUUUUUCUUUUUUCCAUCAUGAGAUACUGAUACUUGUAUAUCACCCUCACACCUCCUUCCUGCAUGUUCCGCCUAGAAAGACGUAUUGCUAAUGGAGUAGAAUGGAGGCUACAAUUGUUCAGGGGGAAAGUAUGGCGGAUACAUAAUUUUUGGAGGGGGGCAUGUAGAAGGGCUUUUCUUGUAUUUUGGAAUAAUAAAGUGUGGCAGCGAAAUUAUGUGAACGGAAAUUUUGGCUUACUCGGCUGCUGUGUUGAAGCAGCCAAUAUUUUUGUAAUAAUACAUGUUAUAUUUCACUUCUUUCGGUUGUAACAGAUUCAUGUCAUCAGCUGAGCCAAUUCAUAUAGCCAUGUACUAAAUAGGUAAUUCUGGACUACAUCAUUAUAGAGUAUUAUUGCCUUUGCCUAAAUACUGUAUGUCAUUACUUUUUCCUGUAAGAAUUUGAACAGUUGUGGAAGAGAAGAACGAUACUGGAAGAGGAAUAAGCAAAUUAUAUUUGUUUGCCGAGCC